AUGUUCGGUCACGCAUUCUACCAAUUCAUCUUCACCGCCGCCGUGCUUGCUCUCGUGUCGGCUCUGCCAGCAGAGGACCUUGAAGCGCGUGCGAGCUGUGUUGUUGACUCCGUCUCUGCUGCUUCCUCGAUAUCCAGCUGUUCGGCGGUCACUAUCAACGCGUUCACCGUCCCGAGUGGAAGCACCUUGACGCUCUCACCCAAAGCCGGCGCGACUGUCACCAUGGCUGGCGACAUCACCUUCGCGAAGACCUCUACCGCUGGUCCUCUGUUCACCAUUGACGGCGACAAUGUCACGUUCAAGGGUGCAGGACAUAAGUUUAAUGGAAACGGCGCCUCGUACUGGGAUGGUAAAGGCUCGAACGGCGGUGUCGAUAAGCCUCAUCCCUUAUUGAAGUUCAAGGGCUCCGGCACCUACUCUUCGUUUACGGUCUUGAACAGCCCUGCGCAGGCCAUCUCUAUCGGUAACAGCGACGGCCUUACCUUCGACAGCAUCACCGUCGACAACAGCGCUGGUGAUACCAACAGCCUGGGCCACAAUACCGACGGCUUUGAUGUCUCUGCCGACGAUGUCACAAUCAAAAAUUCUGUCGUCAAGAACCAGGAUGAUUGUAUCGCCAUCAAUUCCGGCUCCAACAUCAUUUUCCAAAACAACCAGUGCUCUGGCGGCCAUGGUAUUUCCGUUGGUUCGAUUUCCACAGGCAAGACGGUCACCGACGUGACCAUCUCUGGAAACACUGUGACGAACUCUAUGUAUGGGCUCAGAAUCAAGGUUAAAGCCGAUGCUACAAGCGCUAAGGUCUCGGGAAUCACGUACUCUGGUAACACCAUCAGCGGUAUCACCAAAUACGGCGUCUUGAUCUCGCAGUCGUACCCUGACGAUGCUGGUACUCCCGGAACUGGCGGCCCCAUUUCGGGCGUGAGCUUCACUGGCAGCGCUACUACAGUCAAGGUCGGGGACAAGGCGAAGCGACUUACCGUUGACUGCGGCAACUGCUCAGGGAAAUGGGAUUUCUCCAAGCUCACAGUCACUGGUGGCUCAGCCGGAACGAUCUCUAGUAAUUCGGCCACUAUCUCUGGCGGGUCCUAUUAG